AUGGCUUCUGAUCCAUUGGUCACCCACAUUCUGGGAUAUGGCCUGGUCAGGGUUUUCCCCUUCUUGAACCUCCAUGGCGGCGCCCAAGUGACCCCAUACAACGCUUAUCACAAAUGCCCCGACGAGAUGGCCCACAGUGAGAUCUCCAUCUACGAUGACGCUUAUGUUUCCUAUCACCAGGGAACCGGCGUAAACGCCCAGAAUGACUCUGGAGACGCUGAUGACUGUAUCAGCCUGGUCUUUACCCAAGCUUUGACUCGCCAGUGCGUCAAAUGCGGCAUCCGAGACCACGCCCACACCAUGCAUGAGCUUGCCUGCAGCCAUCACCUCUGCCGCUCUUGUCUCAUUGUCAGCGUGGGCAUGGGUGAAAGCCACUCCAUUUGGUCCCCAAAAAGGAUAUGGGCCGCCAGUCUCGCUCUCUUUGACGUCAAUUCGCCUCAUUACGCUGCCACCAUUAAGGAAAAGGGCGCGGUCAUCACCGAGCUCUGGUUCCAGUUCAACUGGGCCUGCUGUGGUACGGUCAUCCCUUUUUCAGACUUCCUUGAUGAGCAUGGUCGCGCUUGUCUCGGCCGAGACUGGUCGAAUGCCCUGGUUCGUAGCUGGUCCUACGUCAUUCGGCGCAUCGAAAACAAUGGCAGAUACAUCGUUGCCAACCCUACGGGCUACCGUAAGGUAGAUGCGACACUUGCCGACCACACUCAGUUGCCGAUCGGUCAUGAGCCUGUGCAUGGCUCCUCGAAUGCUCCUAGCGACGGUGAGCAGAUUUCGAUUGGGGGCAAAUUUGGAAGCAACCGACCCUCUGGAGGUAACGGCCAAAUCAUUUCCCCUCUUCUUUCGACUACCUCUCUUGCCUCGGAGACCAUUCGACCACUUGCCAAGUUUAACUUGUCGAAGAAUGUUCGCAAGAUCUUGGCAGAUGUGCCUGGCUUUGAGUACAUGAGGGAUUCCAAAUGGGAGAAGUACCAGGCCGAGUCCGAGAUCUCCUCGCCGGAGAGUCUCAAGACUAUCUCAGAUUCGCCGACCAUUGCCUCGGAGGACCUGGAGAGUCCCCCUACCUCCUUUGCCGACUGGCAAUCUGUGACGAUCAAGGGUGUCUAUGAUCUUGACAAUGACGCCCAGAGCUUCUCUAGUGACGUUGUAGAGACUGGAGAUGAGAUUCAGCACCCGGGACUCCUCGAUGGCCAUCUUGGCCUUAAGCCCCUUGUCCCCUCGGACAAUCUUGAUUCUCUCUCUGAAGACAGUGGUGAUGAUGGAGACUGUGAAGAUGAUAGUGAGGAUGACAGUGAAGACGACAGUGAUGAUGACCGUGAUGAUGACCGUGAUGAUGAGAGCGAUGGUGACAGUCACGAGGAGACCGACGAUGACGAAGAUGAUGACUACGAUAGCGAGGACGGCGAGUAUGACGAGGACGAGGAGACCGAGGAGGAUGUUGGCAAUAGCCCACAGUCCUCUCCACUCUUCUUUUCGGACGAGGAGGCCCACUAA